GAUUUCAACCAUCCACAGAAUAAUCGACUCCAUACUGACAGGAAUGCUGGGUAAAUUUUACUAAAUAUAUACUUACAGAAGGGGAGACUGGUCAUAAAUGUUGGCAGGCGAGCUAUCUCUUAAAGCUGACAGUCUCACCUCAGAGAUCUCUUUGUCUGCAAUGGAGUUUUCCUGGCGAGGAGGCUUCGAAGCUCGGCGCCUGCUGCUCUCGCUUCUGCUCCUCGCAGCCUGGGAGGCGGGGAGCGGCCAGGUCCAUUAUUCGGUCUCCGAGGAAGCCAAACACGGCACCUUCGUGGGCCGCAUCGCCCAGGACCUGGGGCUGGAGCUGGCGGAGCUGGUGCCGCGUCUGUUCCGGGUGGCGUCCAAAGGCCGCGGGGACCUUCUGGAGGUAAAUCUGCAGAAUGGCAUUUUGUUUGUGAAUUCUCGGAUCGACCGGGAGGAGCUGUGCGGGCGGAGCGCGGAGUGCAGCAUCCACCUGGAGGUGAUCGUGGACCGGCCGCUGCAGGUGUUUCAUGUGGCGGUGGAGGUGAAGGACAUUAACGAUAACCCGCCGGUGUUCAGAGGAGAACAAAAGGUACUUAUUUCUGAAUCUGCUCCUCUGGACUCUCGUUUUCCUCUAGAGGGCGCUUCCGAUGCGGAUAUCGGCCUAAACUCUCUUGUGACCUAUAGGUUAAGUCUAAACGAGUAUUUUACUCUUAAAGUAAUAACGAAAACCGAUAAAAGUAUAUUGCCUGAACUCAUUCUUCGGAAGUCAUUGGAUAGAGAAGAAAUGCCAGAACUUAAUAUAUUGCUGACCGCUCUGGAUGGCGGUAAACCCGAACUAACAGGAUCUGUUCAGAUUCAAAUAACCAUCCUGGAUGUUAAUGACAACGCUCCUGAGUUUGAUACGCCUGGCUAUAAAGUAGUGCUGUUUGAAAAUAUCCCAAACAACACCAGAGUGAUUCAACUAAACGCUUCUGAUCUAGACGAAGGACCAAAUAGAGAAAUUUCCUAUGGAAUCAGAAUGAUUCUGCCAGUGAGUGAGAAAUGUAUGUUUUCAAUAAAUGCAGAAACAGGUGAAAUUAGGAUUUAUGGGAAACUGGAUUUUGAAGAGAAUAAUGAGUAUGAAAUUCAGGUUAACGCUAUUGAUAAAGGGAUUCCUUCUAUGGCAGGUCACUGCACGGUCCUGGUGGAAGUUCUGGACCUGAAUGACAACACCCCCGAGGUAAUGAUCACUUCGCUGUCGCUCCCAGUGCGAGAGGACGCUCAGGUGGGCACCGUCAUCGCCUUGAUCAGCGUGUCCGACCGCGACUCCGGCGCCAACGGGCAGGUGACCUGCACCCUGAUGCCCCACAGCCCCUUCAAGCUGGUGUCCACCUUCAAGAAUUACUAUUCGCUGGUGCUUGACAGCGCCUUGGAUCGCGAGAGUAUGGAGAACUAUGAGGUGGUGGUGACAGCGCAGGACGCGGGCUCGCCUUCCCUGUCGACAACGGCCAGCGUGUCCGUGGAGGUGGCCGACGUGAACGACAACGCGCCCGCGUUCGCGCAGCCCGAGUACACGGUGUUGGUGAAGGAGAACAACCCGCCCGGCUGCCACAUCUUCACGGUGUCGGCUUGGGACGCGGACGCUCGGGAGAACGCGCUGGUGUCCUACUCGCUGGUGGAGCGGCGGGUGGGCGAGCGAGCGCUGUCGAGCUACGUGUCGGUGCACGCGGAGAGCGGCAAGGUGUACGCGCUGCAGCCGCUGGACCACGAGGAGCUGGAGCUGCUGCAGUUCCAGGUGAGCGCGCGCGACGCGGGUGUGCCGCCUCUGGGCAGCAACGUGACGCUGCAGGUGUUCGUGCUGGACGAGAACGACAACGCGCCCGCGCUGCUGCUGCCCGGGCCGGGCGGCGGGGCGGGCGCGCUGAGCCAGCUGGUGGCUCGGUCGGUGGGCGCGGGCCACGUGGUGGCGAAGGUGCGCGCGGUGGACGCGGACUCGGGCUACAACGCGUGGCUGUCGUACGAGCUGCAGCCGGCGGUGGGUGGCGCGCGCAGCCCGUUCCGCGUGGGGCUGUACACGGGCGAGAUCAGCACGACGCGCGACCUGGACGAGGCGGACGCGCCGCGCCAGCGCCUGCUGGUGCUGGUGAAGGACCACGGCGAGCCGGCGCUGACGGCCACGGCCACCGUGCUGCUGUCGCUGGAGGACAGCGGCCAGGCGCCCAAGGCCUCUUCGCGGGCGUCGACGGGCGCCGCUGGCGCGGAGGCCGCUCUGGUGGAUGUGAACGUGUACCUGAUCAUCGCCAUCUGCGCGGUGUCCAGCCUGUUGGUGCUCACGCUGCUGCUGUACACGGCGCUGCGGUGCUCGGCGCCGCCCAGCGAGGGCGCGCGCGGGCCCGGGAAGCCCACGCUGGUGUGCUCCAGCGCGGUGGGGAGCUGGUCUUACUCGCAGCAGAGGCGGCAGCGGGUGUGCUCUGGGGAGGGGCCGCCCAAGGCAGAUCUCAUGGCCUUCAGUCCCUGUCUUCCACCGUUAGGAGAAGAUUGUUUAAGUCCUUCCAGUGAAGUAAGUCCUUGAUAUCAUUCAAGUAUAUUAGUCAU